AAAUAUUCUCAUCUUGGCAUACAACAGGCAUAUUUAUUGAUUUACUCAAUAGUAGUUCGACGUGUUCCAGCAAUGAAAGGCAUCGUUCGAACAUUUAUUCGCAACCAUGUUACCGCUUUAUUCAGCGAUUAGGGGUGAAUAAACUUAUGCAGAUAGAAAAUGAGACAAUAAUCUCAUCUCAAUGUUACUGGAAAAAUACAAAGAGAAAUUUACGUCCACACUUUCGCACGAGCACUAGUGUGACCUAUCAGCGAAAGUUGCUUGGCUACAAACAAAAUUUUGUAGAAUAUCCUACAAUUUAUCCUAAGUCUAACAUACAUUCUGAUAUUAUCAUGGUGAAAAUAUCAAAUUUAAUGAAGAGAAAACGUAAUAUUGCUGCAAAAGAUGGCGAAUCAAUAGAUGACGAUAUUCGGAGGCAUGGGACACUUGGAGUAAUUGGAGCUCAUGCAGCGUAACUUGUGGGCAAGG